AUCAUGGAAAUAUUGCCAAUACUAGUCUUCUUCCUCGCCACAGUUGUAUCAACAACUCAAGGUCAUGAGCCACUUGUAACCCACCAUAUUCAUCUCCUCAGGCCAAAAUCCGGAGCGGGCGGUGACAGCGUUCCUGGCGUGUCGUGCUUAAGUUGGAGAUUGGGGGUGGAAACUAACAACAUUAUUAACUGGAAGACUGUUCCGGCAGAAUGUGAGAGCUAUGUUGGGCACUACUUGCUUGGCCACCAGUACAGGAAAGACUCAAAGGUGGUCACUAAGGAGGCUUGGCUCUAUGCUAAGAGUCUCAAUCUUACAAACGAUGGCAAGAAUGUGUGGGUGUUUGAUAUAGAUGAGACUACGCUCUCUAAUCUACCUUAUUAUGCUGAUCAUGGAUUUGGGACGGAGUUAUACAAUUCCACUGCAUUCAAUACAUGGGUCUUAGAAGGCACAGCCCCAGUUUUGCCUGAGAGUCUCAAGCUCUACAAAAAGCUUUUGAAACUUGGAGUCAAGGUUGUAUUCAUAACUGGAAGAGGAGAAGAUCAAAGAAAUGUCACAACCUCCAAUCUCAAGAAUGUCGGAUAUCACACUUGGGAGAAGCUUGUGCUCAAGGGAUCGACUUAUUCUGGCAACACAUCAUAUGUGUACAAAUCAACAGAGAGAACUAAGCUUGUGAAGAAUGGAUUUAGAAUAAUUGGGAAUAUUGGUGAUCAAUGGAGUGAUAUCUUGGGGACAAAUGUCGGCAAUCGGACCUUCAAGUUACCUGAUCCAAUGUAUUACAUUAGUUGA